AUGAGCUGCAGAUCCCGGAUUGGCCUCCUGCAACAGGUCACUCUGCUGAUCGCAAAAAGGGAGUUGACAGGGAAAGAGAAAUUGGGGCCAAGUCCGGAGUACUGUACCUGCCGCCAGGUCUUCCCCAUGAAGAUCCUGGGAGCUGUCACUGUAGUCGAGAUCCGUGAUAUUAAAGGGAUCGAUUGCAUCGCACGCAUUGAAGGCGUUCAAGAAGAGGUAUAUAUCCUCUGUCUGGCAUCGAGAAUGCAACUAGCAUCUGGUACCACACAAACUAUUGCGAAGCUAGCGCAGGGGCACUGCGAGAUGACUCCCCAGCUGCUGCACGAUGACACCGCAAGGCCGCCAGAGACUAUUGGCAACAUCCGACGAUCUAUUCCCACCGGGGUUAUAGCAUGGAGAGAAGCAGCGCUGCAAACAUCGCCGCCGCCGAUCCCGAUCAUGCAAGGGCCAUCGGCAUUGGCGGCGACCCGAAGGUUUGAGUGGCUGCAUUUCCCCCUCUCCACCAUGAACCAGUCCAAGUUUGCUCUAGCAGCAUGA